AUGCCAUCGGCAGAGCCAACUCCAAUCCCUCCACAAAGCCUUGCGGCAGUCCAAGAUGCCAAAACCAAAGAAAUUUCCACGACUCUUCGUGAGACACCCACCCCGACAUCAAGCCAAGUGCUGGUAAAGGUGAAAUAUACCGGUGUCUGCGCAUCUGACCUGCACCUUGCUCGCCGCGAUCUCCCUUACCUCCAACCCAGCGUCUCUAUUGGCGGCCACGAAGGAACUGGCACCAUUGUAUCCCUCGGCCCAGACGCUGACUCGGAAGUCUGGCAAGUUGGAGAUCGUGUUGCCGUCCGCUGGCUGCACAAGGUCUGCAAGCUGUGCGAGCCAUGUACGACGGGCCACGAAAACCUCUGCCCCAACCGAAAGAUCACCGGGAAGGAUAUCGAGGGGUGUUUUGCGCAAUAUGCACUGGCCGACUCCCACUACCUCGUCCGUCUCCCAGAAAAUGUCAAGGAUGCCGAGGCAGCUCCAAUCUUGUGUGCAGGCGUCACCGUCUACAAAGCGCUCAAGAUAGCCGAUCUUCGCAAAGGGUCCUGGGUUGCGAUCCCCGGAGGAGGAGGUGGACUCGGACACUUGGCAAUCCAGUAUGCGAAAGCUAUGGGAUUUCGUCCACUUGCUCUGGAUGUCGGAAAGCGCGGCAUCUGUAUGAAGCUUGGAGCAGAGGCCUAUAUCGAUGUAGUGGAGGUUCCAGAUGCCGUUGCUGAGGUUAUCAAAAUCACCGAAGGCGGCGCGCACGGCGCUCUGGUGUGCGCUUCUUCUGGCAGGGCGUACGCUGAUGCUGUCAAGUACCUUCGUCGUGCGGGUACUUGUGUAUGCAUUGGUCUCCCACCCAAAGCGUCGCCCAUUCCAGUCAUACCUGAAGAUUUUAUUGCCAGGGGUAUCAAAUUGAUGGGCACGUCUACAGGAACGCUUGAGGACACUGAGGAAGCGUUGCAGUUUCUUGCAAGGAAGGAGAUCAAGCCGCAGAUUGUGGAGAGGGGAUUAGGGGAAGUCUCACUGGUGCUAGAGGAAAUAGAGGGUGCCAAGGUGGAAGGGAGAAUUGUCAUCAAGGUGGAAUAA